AUGCCUGCGCGGCUGGACGUGUCGGAUCUCGGGCUGUGCGUGCUCGCGGAGCCGCUGACGGUGGCGGCGUUUGCGCCGUUUGGCGACGUGAUCGAGAACCCGCGGCCGGACGUGCAGCCGGGACAGUACGGCGAGGCGUUUGGGUCUGUCUUGUCUGCAGCACCUUUCCAUCCCGUCUCGGCCAACCAGGGCUCGGCCAUCAAGUACCAGCACGUGUCGCGGCUUGCCGACCGGUAUGCAGCCGACGGCGCGCCCAGCGGCCAGCCCUCGGCCGCGGUGGCCAACGUGUUUGUGUGUGCAGCAAGGACGCUGGUAGAGGAUCCCGAGCACAGCAGACACGGAGGAGCUGGCCUCUUUCCUGUCACCAUCCUCGAGCGUCACCCCUACACGACGCAGACGUUUGUACCGCUGACGGCCCGCGGCAACACGCGCUACCUCGUCAUCGUGGCGCCGACGCUGGCGAGCAAUGGCCCCUCCUCCUCGCAAAGAGACAGACGCGGCCCGCCGGACGUCCACAACCUACGCGCGUUUGUGGCCCGCGGCGACCAGGCGGUGACGUACGGUGCCGGCACAUGGCACGCACCCAUGGCGGCGCUCGGCGCGUCCGGCACCAGCGUGGCCUACGCGGUCUUCCAGUUUGCCAACGGAGUCGGACCCGAGGACUGCCAGGAAACGGUGCUGGACGGCGGCAGUAGGGCCCAGCAGCAGCCGUGGUCGGCAGUGACGGUGCGGGUACCGGCAACAGGCUGUGUGGCGAAGCUGUAA